CCACACAUUCAUUCGUGGGACACCCUAUUGAUUUACUUAUUUAUUACAUUAGUUGUCCGGGCUGCGUCCCGAUGAGUUAGACUAUUAAUCCUUUAUCUUAGAAGCUCCCUAGUAUGCAUUUGUGGGUAGUUAUUGAGUUAUUGAUUAACUCUUGGGCACGUUGUUAUGUUUGACAAGUAUAGAUAACUAAAGACUUCCGCUGAUUUAAUUCUUAUAUGCGUGAUUCGUUUACCUUUAUUUUAUAAACUGUUGGAGGCGAAUGUUAAACCUGGCGGGUUCAAGUAUUGUUAUUGUGUUGUUUAGGUUCUUCCGAUGUUGUUCAUGACGUCGGAUGCCGGUCACGUCUAGGGUGGGUUUUGGGGCGUGACACACUGUUACUCUUGUUGGAGAGCAAUAGCUGACCUGAUAACCUGUUUCUAUGAUAGUUUUUAGAUCAAUAAAGUUGUGGCUGCUGCUAGAAUCAAUCAGCAAUUGUAGACUCCUGUUCUUGGCAGAUUCACUGACUAAGAUGGUAUUGACCUCUUGAUUCCCACCAGUUAGUGCACUCAUACAAAUAGCCUUCUAGACAAAUUGUUCCUCUUCCAUUACAAUUUUCAUAUCAGCAUAGGAUGGGUCUUUUACCUUCAGUUGAGAACUCAGGAUUGGUUUCUACUUCUCCCAACAUACAAUUAAGUGGUUUUUUAGGCACUAGUGUCCUGGUGUAUAUUUCUCAGCAUGUCUAAAACACAGGCUAUUAUUCAUUCUGUACUCAUACACUUCAGGACUAAGCUUGGAAGCAUUGGGCCUAGACAUAUUUGCUACUGGUGUCCUGGUGUAAGCAGAAGUACUCAUUACCUUGUAAGCUUUAAGACUAUCUUCAGUCUUUUUCUGAGAAGCUUCAAUAGCCAUCUCUUAUACUCUAGCAUGUUCUACUGCAAACUUAAGAGUAGUCGGUUUGAACAACUUAACACCAAACCUUAUUUCUUUUUUUAGAGCCCCUAUGAAGCUGGAGACAAAUUGAGCUACAUCAAGGUGAGGAUUUGUAAUUAGCAUUUGAGCCUUCUUAUCCUCAAACUUCCCUAGAAAUUCAUCCAUAGUAACAAUUUGGCUCAACUUGUUGAAUUCUUCUACUAUGUCAUCCAUUAGGGUAUCCCCAAAUCUACUGACUGAUUCCUUCUAAAUCCAGUCCAAUUAAUUUCACCCCUACUCAAUACUAAGGAAUGAUACCAAAUCUAAUUCAACCCAUUUAAAUAUAGUUCAGCUGCUUCUACUUUCUGAUUAUCCUGACUCCUAUAUAGAUUGAAAUACCUCUCACAUUUUCGAAUCCAUACUUAAGGCUUAUGUUCUUCAAAACUGCGCAAUCCUCACUUUAGAGGAGGAAUUGGAACAACUUGAUUCCCGUUGGGCCUAGCAUCCUGAUUUUGCCUUCCUUCCUGAACUGGUACAGGUAAAAUCCGGUCUCCUUGUCGAUUUUUGCCCUGGGCUCUAUUGGGUAACCUUUCAAGGCCAAUGAACCUCUCUAGAAUUUGCUCUUGAGCUCCUUGGAUCCCUGCCUGGGUAUUUCUAACUUCUUGUUGAUGCUUGAGCAUCUCAUUCAUCACCUUAUCAUCUCUAAUCAGUCGUUCCUCCAUAGUUUUCAUUCGUGUUCGUCUGCCAUUGCUAUCCACGGGUCGCAAAAAACUCUGAUACCAAUUGUCAAGAUCCACUACAAGAAACUUGAUUUUUAACGACCAUUUCUGAACGAAGGGAGAUGAAUCCGGUCGUUAUAAAUAUACAUAUAACGACCGAAAAAAAAUUUAGUCGUUAAAAUUAACUUUUAGCUCAACUCUAACGAGAAAAUAAUAUCCGGUCUUAAAAAGCAUGACAUCCAGUCGUUACUAAACUAAAAAAAGAGCGCCACAUUUGUUUCCCUCAAAAUUUUCCCCCUAACGCCUCCCCUCUUAAAAAAAAACCAAGAAAAACCCUAAGACACAAACAAAACAGUUUCAGCGAUUUGGUCAUUCCCCAAACCCCUUCUUCAUAUCUGUGCCACUGAUCAAUCUACAAUGCUUCUAUCUCCAAUUAUCACCGCUUUACAGUGGCGGCACAAAGCUAGGUUCUUUUGGAAACAAUGGCAUGACGGAAAUCUUGAACAUAUUUUCAUUUGUACACAUAUAUGAUUGGGAAACUUCGUAGAAUUGUAUGGUGAAUAAAGAAUUUUGUCAGAGAAAUUUAGGACAUGGACUGGAGAGAUUUUCUCCAUUUGCUUCACAUUCCUUUCAGUUCAGUGAAAAUGGGAAGUGAUAAAUCAAAAGGAUCAGGAUCUGGCUCUAUAGAUAUGUGCAGUCAGGUUGAGUUUAGGGGUUAUAAUUGUAAAAGUUGUAGUGUUGGACCUGAUAUGUAUGACACUAGCAAAUUGGUGGCUGGUGGUGAGGUCCAUAUUGCUGAUGCUGAAGGAGAAUCGAAGAAUAUAUUAUGCUUUGGAGACCUUGUUUGGGGAAAGGUACCAUCUCAUUCGUGGUGGCCAGGGCAAAUAUACGAUGAGAGUCUAGUACCUUCUCCACGAUGCGGUAAAAAGAGAGAUGGUUCAGUUCUAGUCGCCUUUUAUGGUGAUGGUAGUUAUGCGUGGCUUGAUUAUGAUCAAAUCAUCCCUUUUGAACCUCAUUUUGAAGAGAAGUCAAACAAGUCAAAAAUUCAAACUUUCGUUGUGGCAGUUGAAGAAGCUGUUGAUGAGCUGAAAAAGAGAGCAGUACUUGGCUUGACUUGCUUCUGCCAGGGUAAUUUUCAGCCUGCAAGAAUUCAAGGGCUUUAUAAAGUUGAUGUGAGCGGGUAUGAACCUGGGGCCAUUUAUUCGUCAAAGCAGAUUAAAAAAUGUAGAGAUGGUUUCCAGCCACAUGGGGUGUUUUCAUUUGUAAAGAAGUUAGCCAUGUCUCCAAGAUCGUUGCAGAAUUUUUAUGAUAUAAUUAGCAGAGCAAAGGUUACUGCUUACAGAAAAACAGUUUUUGAAGAGAAUGAUGAGACCUAUGAUGAGGCAUUUGAUGAAUUUGAAAAAGGUGAUGAGACCUAUGAUCAGGCAUUUGGAGUGAAAGCCUCAAGCUCAGAGGAUCCUGCAGAUUUUUCAAAAGACGGGAAUCAACGUAAAGAAUUUUCAAAAGACGGGAUCAAGGGGAUUGCCACAAGGAGAAAUAAGACUGUUGAAGGCUUGCAGAUUAAAUGUUCACUGAAAAUGGGAAGUGACAAAUCAAAGAAUUUAUUAGGCUUUGGAGACCUUGUUUGGGGAAAGGUACCGUCUCAUCCAUGGUGGCCAGGACAAGUAUACGAUGAGAGUCUAAUACGUUCUCCACUAUGCCAUAAAAAGAGAGAUGGUUCAGUUCUAGUCGCCUUUUAUGGUGAUUUUGAAUAUGCGUGGCUUGAUAAUGAUCAAAUCAUUCCUUUUGAGCCUCAUUUUGAGGAGAAGUCAAACAAGUCAAAAAUUCAAACUUUCAUUGUGGCAGUUGAAGAAGCUAUUGAUGAGCUGAAAAAGAGAGCAGCACUUGGCUUGACUUGCUUCUGCCAGGGUAGUUCUCAGCCUACAAGAAUUGCAGGGCUCUAUGAAGUUGAUGUGAGCGGGUAUGACUCUGGGGCCAUUUAUUCAUCAAAGCAGAUUAAAAAAUGUAGAGGUGGUUUCCAGCCACAUGAGAUGUUUUCAUUUGUAAAGAAGUUGGCCAUGUCUCCAAGAUCUUUACAGAAUGUUUAUGGAAUAAUUAACUGUGCAAAGGUUACUGCUUACAGAAAAGCAGUUUUUGAGGAUAAUGAUGAGACGUAUGAUGAGGCAUUUGACGAAUUUGAAAAAUGUGAUGAGAUCUAUGAUCAAGCAUAUGGAGUGAAAGCCUCAAGCUCUGAGGAUCCUGCAGAUUUUUCAAAAGACGGACAUCAACUUAAAGGUACUGUUGGGUCUCAGGUAGAUCAAGGGGAUUGCUCCAAGGAGUCAUGUAAAGGAGAAACUAAAAGGAAGAGGUUGGAAGAGUCUCCACCAGAUGAUCCGGGUCGGAAAGGCAAGUUCCAAAAGGAUGCCUUCUUUGACAAUCUGGUAACAAAAUCAGGUGAAGAAAUUGAUGGAAUCUAUUGUUGCAAAAGUGGAGAAACUGUCAAAAAGAAGAAACAUAACAAGCUUAAUGACUAUGCUGCACCACAAAAUGGUGGUCUUUUGUCCGAUUUGCUAGCUUCUGCGUGUGAUCCAUUUUCUGGAGUAGAACUGGGAAAUGCUACUGGUGCAUUUAAGCAUUUGGAGCAAUACCAAAAGAGUUGUUGUCCAGAUGAACAUGAGAAGACUAACAAAAAGCGGACACUCUUGAAAUGCCAAGACGAACAUAUGACUAGGAAAGAAGAGUUGAGGGACUUGUCAAAGAAGUAUGGUGACCAAAAACUUUUGACACCCCAAGAAGGUGAUGACGUCGAAAUCCAAUCAAUAUUGUCAGUGCAGUUUGAAAAGAAGUUUACCGAGGAGUCUGCAAGGAAAGCUGAACCAACAAUGCUGGUAAUAAAGUUCCCUCCUCAAACCAUGCUCCCAACUGCUUCAGAAUUAAAAGCCAAGUUUGCAUAUUUUGGGCCAUUUGAUGAAUCAGCUACCCGUAUCUUGGGGGGAUCAGCAACAUGUCAAAUUGUAUUCAUGUACAAGUCUAAUGCUCAGGCUGCACAUGACUACGCAGUCGAAAGUAGAACCUUGUUCAACUUUGAUGUGAAUUACCACUUAACAGACUUUGAUGGUUCAGAAGAGUUCAUGGGAGAAAGUUUUGAUGACAUUCGAUCUUUUGAAGGUGAACCACAUCAUAUGUCAUUCCAGGAGUUGCCUUUGCAGUCCGAUACUGACUUGAAGUCAUUCCCCAAGGAAAACUCAAAGUGCGGGGAAGAGACUGUUUCUUCUAGCAUUCAGUAUAAGCAUGAAGUUGCUAGUUUGGAUGAGACUGUUGUGGCCAUUAAUGCAAAAUAUUCCAUGGAUGAGGGCUGGAAGAGUCAUUAUCAACAGAAUCUCAGUGCCAUUAACUGUUCAGAUUUGUCACUUCAGUUGGCUAACCUUUUCCAGAAGUGCAAUGAAAUUUUGGGUGGGAUUGAAGGGUCACAAGACCAGUAGAGUUAACUCAAAUGAUGACGGAGUAGAAGAAAAGAGUACAGAACUUAUGAUCUAAAGCAUUAUAUAUACUUUUGUUUCUGGCUAGUUCUUAUUUACCUUCAUCUCUGGAAGUGUUUGCUCUCAGACCUUUUACUAGAUUAUGCUGAUUUCAGACUUUUAACUAGGCAUCUAGACGGAAUUGUAUGAAAAGUUUGCUGGUUGCUCUUCUAUGUUUGAAAAUGGAUUAGAGGUGGCUUCUAUAAGCAAUUUGACGAAAAAUAGUUUAAAAAAAAAAAGUGACCGUUAAUGAACAUAUAUAUUAAUUUAUGCAUAUAUCCUAAUAUAUAACA